UUAUCGAACUGAUCGUAUAGUGGAUACAGUGGACUUCGAACUAGUUCUUUUUGGCAGGGCUGAUGGCACGUCACUAGUUUACCGUUUGUUGUUAUUUUAUCACCAAACACGGAUUCCGAUUCGCAAAAUCAUGAGUGCCCUGUUCAACUUCCAGAGCUUGCUGUCAGUCAUCCUGCUGCUGAUAUGCACUUGUGCCUACCUUCGCUCCCUUUUUCCUAGCAUCAUAGACCGUAACAAGACCGGAUUCCUAGGAACUUUCUGGAAGCUGGCGAGAAUCGGGGAGCGUAAGUCGCCGUGGGUUGGAGCCGCCUGUCUGGUCAUGGCGUUUACGGUCCUUUUCUGGAGCUGAGCUCCUUUUUCAUAUCAUGGGGCUAAGUUGCAUUGUAGAUUUUUCUAACUAUUAAGGACUGUAAAUACACGCUGCGUUAUACAGCACUAGCCAGAUAUUUUGGGCUUUCACAA